AUGAGGGUUGAUUUUGAUGAUGUGCUAACAAUAAACCCUGAGUUAUCAGAAGAACUACCCACUGCAGAUGUGAAAGAGAACUUCCCUUUGCAAGAGAAUGUAACUGUGCAGAAACAGAAUCGUAGAACAACCCUUUCAAAAAUUCCUGCUCCACGGGAAGCUGUUCGUGGCCGUUCCAGAAUGUCUGUUAUCGCAGAAUCUCCGUGCAGCCACAAGGAGGAAAAUGAGAUGGGGAUGGAUCCCUGCACUUCUACACGAACAAGAAACAAUUUUUCAGUUCCUGUUCGGAGAAAAUCUAACAUUGUGAAAGAGAUGGAGAAAAUGAAAAACAAGAGAGAAGAAAAGAGAGCUCAAAUUAAUGAAAUCAGGACAAAACGUGCACAGGAAUAUGAUGGCUCUCCAAACUGGGAGUUUGCACAGAUGGUAAAAGAUUACAGAGCAAAUUUAUACUGCCACCCAAUAUCUAUAACUGAUCCUAUAGAACAAUUUAAGAUUUGUGUCUGUGUGAGGAAGCGUCCUCUCAAUAAACAAGAACUUGUAAAAAAGGAAUGUGAUGUGAUUACUGUUCAGAGCAAGAAUGUUCUACUGGUGCACGAGCCAAAGCAGAAAGUGGACCUAACAAAAUACCUUGACACCCAAGUAUUUAGAUUUGACUACUCAUUUGAUGAAUCCUGUUCUAAUGAAAUGGUAUACAGGUUCACUGCCAGACCUCUUGUAGAGACCAUCUUUGAGGGUGGGAUGGCAACAUGCUUUGCAUAUGGCCAGACAGGCAGUGGCAAGACACAUACUAUGGGUGGAGACUUCUCUGGAAGAACACAGAAUGCCUCCAAAGGCAUAUAUGCUUAUGCAUCACAAGAUGUCUUCGUGCUCCUAAACCAGCCCAGGUACAGGAAUCAGGACCUGAGAGUCCAUGUGACUUUCUUUGAAAUAUACAAUGGAAAGGUGUUUGACCUCUUGAAUAAGAAAGCAAAGCUUCGAGUCCUAGAGGAUGGCAAGCAGCAGGUCCAGGUUGUUGGCCUUCAGGAGAAACAAGUCAGCUGUGCUGAGGAUGUCAUCAAAAUGAUCGAGAUAGGCAGUGCCUGCAGGACAUCUGGGCAGACAUUUGCAAACGCCAGCUCUUCACGCUCACACGCCUGCUUCCAAAUCAUACUACGCCGGCAAGAUAAACUGCUUGGUAAAUUUUCCUUGGUGGAUCUGGCAGGAAAUGAGAGGGGUGCUGACACAUCCAGUGCUGAUCGGCAGACACGAAUGGAAGGUGCAGAAAUCAACAAGAGCUUGUUGGCUUUGAAGGAAUGCAUCCGAGCUUUAGGGCAGAACAAAUCUCACACCCCUUUCCGGGAGAGCAAGCUGACCCAGGUGCUAAGAGACUCUUUCAUAGGAACAAAAUCAAGGACCUGUAUGAUAGCAAUGAUUUCUCCAGGCAUGAGUUCGUGCGAGUACACCUUAAACACACUGAGAUAUGCUGACAGAGUGAAAGAGCUCAGCCCUCAUAAUGGAGGUGGUGAAACACAGAAUCAGAUGGAGACUGAGAAUGAGGAAACAGAGACCAGUGAAGAAGACUCAAGUGUUCAACACAAUCUCUCCAAGGAUGAGGAGGAAGAUUUCUCUCCUGACACAUUUGAAUUCCGUGAGGCUGUAACUCAAAUUAGUGAAUGGGAGGAGAAGGUUGUAGGACAGCUUAGAGAACUGAGGCAGAGAAUGAUUACUGAACUUGACUACCUUUUGAGAAUCACAGAGCAACCAGCCUAUCAUCUUGAGACUUUUCUGAGCAGAGCAAACUAUUUCAUGGAGGAGAGCUCAAGAAAGUUCUUGAAUGUCAGAGAAACACUGGAUGCCCUGGGGGCUGCCAUGCAACUGGAGGAGCAAACCAGCAAGCAGACAAGGCGGCAGAGGCCUUAG